AUGUCCAGCCGGGAAUGCAGCUUCUCGACCGAAAGCACCAGCACCGGCAGCUGCACAAGUCUACCGUCCCCGACAAACACCGGCAAUGGACCCCAAACCCCGUGCUCUUCAGUCAGCGAGUCGACGCCAGACUCUGUCCUCCAGCUGCACGCCAUACCGGCAGACGCCCCGAUAAAUAUCCAGCACGCCGAGCUCCUCAUCCACCUCACCUCCCCCUCAGCAUCCGACAUAUUCAGUCUAGGCGACGGCGUCGAGCCAUACCAGGGGACUAUAUCCCAAGCACUGAAAACCGGACUAAAGGCCCCAUAUCUGCUGCACCAACUCCUCGCCUUCUCAGCCUGUCAUCUGGCAUACCUGCACCCCGACAAACGACCACACUACAGCCACCAAGCGACCGCUCUCCAAACGCGUGCGAUCGCGCUGUUCAACGCGCAGAAGAUCGACGUUAGCAAGGAGAACUGUGUGGCUAUCUGUCUCUUCUCCGUGGUGCUGGGCCACCAUCUUCUGGCUGAGACUCUCGCGGUCGCGCACUCUUGUGUAGGUACGGGCGGCAUCGACGCAUUCCUGUCGCGGUACGUCCAAAGCCUCUCCACCCACCGCGGCGUCUUCACCGUCGCGAUGACCGGCUGGACGCACCUCAUGUCGAGCGAAUUAUCAUCAAUUCUACUCCGCAGCCAAGCGUUCACAUCUGCCGGACCGCGCGGGACCGAAUGCCACGGACUCCGGGUUCUAGUGCUGCAAUCUCCGACACUAGAUGAUGGAGAGAAGGGGGCGUGUUUGGCGGCGAUUCGGUAUCUCCAGCUGGGAUUUGAUGCGCUCUCCACAGGACUAGGACCAGGACCAGGUAAGGGCGAGCACGAGAAUAUGCGGUUCCAGAUGCUCUUCCUCUGGAAUGUUCUCGUGCCGCCGAGGUAUACGGCUUUACUAGCGAGGAAGAACCCGGAAGCGUUGAUUGUCCUUGCGUAUUACGCGCUGUUGCUGCAUCACGGGCGCCAUAUCUGGCAGGUCGGAGAGGCGGGGAGGUAUAUCUUCGGCAUGAUCGAGGAGGACCUGGGUGCUGCGUGGGAUGCAUGGCUGGAAUAUCCUCGCGUGGGAUUGGGGACGCGGGUUGGGUAA